GAGCGUGAAGCUCUUUAAGAUGGCCGAUCUGGCCCCUUCCAUCUGCGCCUCUGGGCCCAGGGCUCAGUCUCUGUCCCAGCGUCUAGAUGCUCAUCAGAAUCCGGACCAUAUUUCGCUCACCGCCGCGGCCCCUAAUUCCGACAGCCCGAUUCGCUCUUUGGAUAUUUCGAUGCCCUUACCACCCGCCCUUGAUCGUGUACAGCAGACACGGCUUUGGCAACAAAGUGCCUACUUGGCACCACCAAUCGCUUUAAUCGACUCAGGCAUUCAAUCGGCCUUAGCAACACACACACCAAGUUUAGCUAGCCGGAUGACUGGUAUGGAAGAUGAAGAAGCAGAUAGAGAAAACGGGCAACUAGAGGGGAUGGAUCACGAGGACAGCAGCUGUGCUAGCAGUCUCCUUUCUGGCCAUCGUCCUUCUGGACCCCCUUUGGCUGGCUACAGACAGCAACAACAACAAUCAUAUCAUCCUGUCACAGAACUUGGUUGCAAUACAGGCUCCGUUGGUGGUCCAUCCGGUCCACUUUCAGUCUACCCGUCUGCACCAGAUUCAUCGUGCCUCAUGUCUCCGGCCACACCAAACACAAUGGCCACUACUAGCGGCCAUUUAGAUAACGACCGCGGCCUCAUUUGCAGUGACGGUUUGCCAACACAUGAAUCGUUGAUUAGCUCCAUGCCUCUAAUGGAUUCGCGUGGCAACCGCCUGUCUGAUCUGGAUACAGAUGAAGCUGCCAGUGCUAUCCCCGAAUUGGUCAAAUUGAUAAAAGAUGAAGACGAUCAGGUUGUGAUCUACCAAGCCUCCAUGAUGGUUUUUCAGUUGAGCAAGUCGGAAGCCAUUGAUUCUCUGAUAGACUCUCGGGAGAUGAUUGCCUGCAUUAUCUCUGCUCUCGAUAGGACUGACGACCCAGAGACAGUACGUCUUCUGGCCGGCACGCUCUACAAUCUUUCACAAACGCAAACUGGCCUCAAAGCGAUAUUUGCUGCUAAUUGUGUUUCCUGUCUUGUCAGGUUGCUUGCGUCUCCAGUCGAAUCUGUCCUAUUCUAUGCCAUAACUACAUUGCACAAUUUGCUAUUACACCAGGAUGGCGCCAAAGUUGUUGUUCGCAGCACACCCGGAUGUCUUGAACGAAUGACAAGCUUGUUGGGAAAAAACAAUGUCAAGUUCCUUACAAUCUGUACUGACUGUUUGCAAAUCCUGGCCUAUGGACACCAAGAGAGCAAGCUUGCAAUACUAGCGAGCGGUGGCCCAGUCGAGCUUGUACGAAUCUUGCGUUCCUACACUUACGAGAAAUUGCUCUGGACGACUGCACGUGUCCUCAAAGUCCUCAGUGUUUGUACGGCCAACAAGCCGGCUAUCAUCGCGGCUGGUGGCAUGGAAGCUCUUGGUCGACACUUGCACGCUCAAGCUGGUGCACGUUUGGUUUUAAAUUGCCUAUGGACAUUGCGCAAUCUCUCAGACGCGGCCAGUCGACUGGACAAUUUGGGACCGUUACUGCAAGUUCUAACGCAAUUGAUCAGCACUGGGGAUCACAAUACUGUGACCUGUGCUGCAGGGAUCUUAUCAAAUCUUACCUGUAACAACCACGCCAACAAGCUAGCUGUAUUUCGAAUUGAAUUAAUCCUUUUUAUGCUUUUUUCUUGCCAAAAGAUUGGUGGACUUGAUGCAUUAGUUCAUGCGAUCAGCACUGGCCCAGCUGCCUUUCGUGAGGACGCUUUGGAACCUUGCAUCUGUGCUCUGCGCCACCUUACCAGUAGGCAUGAGGAAGAGGAACGCGCUCGUUCUAUCCUCGUGCGCCAGCUAAUUUGCUUGCCGGUGCUUGCGCGUCACCUACACGCAGCCACCGCUUCCGUCUGUCCUGAACUCGGACUUUCUGUAUCCCCUGGCCUUGCUGCUUACACUGGCCACUCAAGCGGAGUAUCCUCAAGUCUGGGGCCCGGACAGCUCCAACUACAGUCAUUGGAAUCAGAUAUACAUGGUCCUGGAUCACAGGCAACUGGAGGGCCUCUUACUCUUGGAACCGGGCCCCAUUUAUCCUCUUCAACAAGCACAUCCACCAUUCAAUCACACGCACAUCAUCAUCAUCACCAUCACCAGCCUCUGCUGCCACAACAUCAGCAGAUAUAUCCAGUACCUCCCCAGGGACCAACGCCUAGCUUCACCAGCCUAGGUUCCUCUUGGAGCCUGAUUAAGGCAAUGGUUGGGCUUAUUCGUAACCUAGCCCUCAACCUGGACAACCAUGCACCUAUGCAGCAAUCAGGGCUUGUUACUGGUCUCGUACUUUUACUUUACGCCACUCAGUAUGAGAUAUCUAAGGUUCUAAUGUUUUUCAGAUCAUUUUUCAAAUGA